AUGAGACCAAUCAUCCCCCUUUAUAAUGAAGAUUCCAGCCCCAAGCCCCCAUCAAGGAUACUGCCCCCUAAGGUCAAGAAGGCGGUACGUCGUUGGCAGCGUGCUGGAAAACCCAAAUCUCGAUCAGGUUGUGGGACCUGUAAAAUCCGAAGAGUAAAGUGUGACGGUUUCCAGCUGACGAAUGCAACUCUAGAGGCGAGACCGAUAUGUGUCCGAUGUGCUAAAGGAAAAUUUGACUGCGACGGUUACACCAGCGAUACGGCCGGAGAAGCGAGCGACUCAAGUGAUUUGUCAAGCGGUACCGAGAGUCCAGCGAUUGGCAACGUGUCCACGUCCCCCGGAACACCCGCAACAAGCCUGGACCUGACCCCAAGUCCCGCAUUAGAUCACUCAGAACCAUGCACCGGGCAUGAACUUACUUUGCCAAGUGCUCUACUUGCGUCGACCCACGGUCCCAUCUACCUUGAGCACUUUAAUCAACAUGCAAAUUUGGGCAAUGCAGUCUUUAGCUACAGCGAGCUUUACUCCAGAAUCGUCCUUCAAGAGACUCUACAAGACGAGUGUGUACAGGACGCCGUCCUGGCGCUCGGAUCAUUCUUUUAUAGUGGCUUUAUCUUAAGUCAACCUGGUAUACAAACAGAGACCGCCAAUCACCACAGGCAUCAAUCUCUUCAGCUCUACAACGUUGCACUCAACAGCUUUGGCAAGCGCAUGCAGAACUCAAAUAGGAUCACACCUCGAUGGGUAGUUCUCAUGACCCCACUGCUAGUCAUGUAUGAGGUACUUCAAGGUGACUUCGAUGCUGCAGACACACUUCUUGGCAGUGCGAUGGAAGUUCUUCGCUCUACAGGGGGCAUCUCGCACAUUUCGACCAGUGAGAGCUCUGACAUAUUUUCUUACACAAGUCUACAAAUUGCCGGAGACGUGAGACCGUUCUUCACAAUGACAAGUAUACAAAUCGCUCAUGAAAAUCUACAGUGGGAUUCUGUUGUGUUUAUUCACUCAGAUCUGCUUGCCGCUGUCAAUAAAGUUGCCAGCUUUGAUGAGGGAUAUUACGGAGAUAUGCCUCAGGACCUGUCGAGUAUGGACAAUGACUAUGGUUGGAUGGAUUAA